GUGACUUCGGUCCUCUGUGGCAUCUCGAGCCUGCUGCAGCGACCGGUCUGACGCACCGAGCUGAGCCACCGGUCCGCGCGCGCAGAGGAGCCCGGGAUCCGGAGCGGCGUCCCCCGGCGGAGCGCAGCGGCGGGCGGAGUCGAACCGACACCCGCCGUUUGGAGGGAUUUAACGCGUUUUAUUCCGGACCGGGACCUGGUGCGGGAUCCAACUACGGGCACCGGGAAACAAGGGGACGUUAAACCCGCAUCUUUAUACCUGCAUAUAUUCUUGUGGAUAUUUAUAAGUUUAUAUAUUGUUGGUUGAUGGCUGCGGAUCGAUUCAGGGGGAAGAUGUUUGAGUGACGGGACCAACAUCUGGAGACAGAAAUCAUUCCUCUGACCUGUGACACCAGAGAGGAAACACCUGCUUCUGCUUCAGAAGAAAAGAGGGAAAGUGAAACCGGAGCCGCUCACACCGCCAAGCUCCGCCUCCUCUUCCGCAGACCGCCAUGUGCGACCCGGCAACCUGUACCGCCGGAGAACCCCUGGGCCAGAGUUGGUAGGAGGGGCCUCCCGCCGUGGUUGACCCCGCCCCAGGUGACGGGGUGACCCCCCCCCGCCCCAUGGUCUGGCUCGUCCCGUUCUUCCGCACCGCCCGCAACCGGCGCCACCUACCAGCCGACUGUGCCGUCACACCGCCGCUCCCUUUCCCCGCCCGCUCGACCCGCCGCAGGAUGGCGAGGGGCUCCGAGCUCCCGGGGGUCACGGGCCACUGCGUCCUCUCCCUGCUGAUGCUGAAGAGCUGCUGGCUGCUCGGCUCCGCCGCCAACGGCGCCCCGAGGCCCGGCGCGGCGGCGGUGGCGGCUGCGGCGGACUCCCAGCAGCCCUUGCAGGAGUUCGGCCACUCCAUCCGCUUGGACGGCGACGUCAUCCUGGGCGGCCUGUUCCCCGUGCACGCUCGCGGCGAGAGGGGCGCCCCCUGCGGCGAGCUGAAGAAAGAGAAGGGCAUCCACCGGCUGGAGGCCAUGCUGUUCGCCAUCGACCUCAUCAACAAGGACCCGGAGCUGCUGCCCAACGUGACGCUGGGCGCCCGCAUCCUGGACACGUGCUCGCGCGACACCUACGCCCUGGAGCAGUCGCUCACCUUCGUCCAGGCGCUCAUCGAGCGGGACGGCUCCGACGUGCGCUGCGCCAACGGAGAGGCGCCGAUCUUCGCCAAGCCGGACAAAGUGGUGGGCGUCAUCGGGGCGUCGGCCAGCUCCGUGUCCAUCAUGGUGGCCAACAUCCUGCGGCUGUUCAAGAUCCCUCAGGUGAGCUACGCCUCCACGGCCCCGGAGCUCAGCGACAACACCCGCUACGACUUCUUCUCCCGGGUGGUGCCCCCGGACUCCUACCAGGCCCAGGCCAUGCUGGACAUCGUCACGGCGAUGGGAUGGAACUACGUGUCCACGCUGGCCUCCGAGGGGAACUACGGCGAGAGCGGCGUGGAGGCCUUCGUGCAGAUCUCCAGGGACUCGGGUGGGGUUUGCAUCGCUCAGUCUCUGAAGAUUCCUCGGGAGCCGAGACCCGGCGAGUUUGACAAGAUCGUCCUCCGUCUGCUGGAGACGCCCAACGCGCGCGCCGUCAUCAUGUUCGCCAACGAGGACGACAUCCGGCGAAUCCUGGACGCGGCGAAACGCAACAACCUGACGGGUCACUUCCUGUGGGUGGGCUCCGACAGCUGGGGGUCCAAGAUCUCUCCGGUGGUCCAGCAGGAGCAGGUGGCCGAGGGCGCCGUGACCAUCCUCCCCAAGAGGGCGUCGGUGGACGCCUUCGACCGCUACUUCAAGAGCCGCUCGCUCUCCAACAACCGCAGGAACGUCUGGUUCGCCGAGUUCUGGGAGGAGAACUUCGUCUGCAAGCUGGGGAUGCACGGCAAGAGACCCGGCAGCCCCAAGAAGUGCACAGGGUUGGAGAAGGUGGGCCAGGACUCCACCUACGAGCAGGAGGGGAAGGUCCAGUUUGUGAUGGACGCCGUGUACGCCAUGGCCCACGCCCUGCACCACAUGCACCGCGAUCUGUGCGCCGGAUCCCCGGGGCUCUGCCCCCGCAUGGCCAACAUCGACGGCAAGGAGCUGCUGGCGCACGUCCGCGCCGUCGGCUUCAACGGAAGUGCAGGGACUCCGGUCACCUUCAACGAGAACGGCGAUGCUCCCGGGCGCUACGACAUCUUCCAGUACCAGAUCAACAACCGGUCGACUGCAGGGUACAAGGUCAUCGGACACUGGACCAAUCAGCUGCACCUGGAGAUGGAGAGCCUGCAGUGGACCACCGGCGACGCCUCGCUGCCGGCCUCGGUGUGCAGCAUGCCCUGCCGGACCGGCGAGAGGAAGAAGGUGGUGAAGGGCGUCCCGUGCUGCUGGCACUGCGAGCGCUGCGAGGGGUAUCACUUCCAGGCCAGCGAGUUCACCUGCGAGCUCUGCCCCUACGAGAAGAAACCCGACCACAACCGCACCAGCUGCCAGGCCAUCCCCAUCAUCAAGCUGGAGUGGCACUCGCCGUGGGCGCUGCUGCCCGUCUUCAUCUCCGUCCUGGGCAUCAUGGCCACCACCUUCGUCAUCGCCACCUUUGUGCGCUACAACGACACCCCCAUUGUCCGCGCCUCCGGCCGGGAGAUGAGCUACGUGCUGCUGACGGGCAUCUUCCUGUGUUACAUCAUCACCUUCCCCAUGAUAGCCGCGCCCGACGUGGCGGUCUGCUCCUUCCGGCGAAUAUUCUUGGGCCUGGGCAUGUGCUUCAGCAACGCCGCGCUGCUCACCAAGACCAACCGCAUCCACCGCAUCUUCGAGCAGGGCAAGAAGGCGGUGACGGCACCACGCUUCAUUUCGCCAGCCUCGCAGCUGGCCAUCACUUUCUCGCUCAUCUCGGUCCAGCUGCUGGGCGUCCUGGUUUGGUUCGCCGCCGACCCGCCGCACACCUUCGUGGACUACGGCGAGCAGCGCACGCAGGACCCCGGCAACGCCCGCGGCGUCCUCAAGUGCGACAUCUCCGACCUGUCGCUCAUCUGCUCGCUGGGAUACAGCAUCCUCUUGAUGGUCACAUGCACUGUUUAUGCCAUCAAGACGCGCGGCGUGCCAGAGACCUUCAACGAGGCCAAACCCAUCGGAUUUACUAUGUACACCACCUGCAUCAUCUGGCUCGCCUUCAUCCCCAUCUUCUUCGGCACGGCGCAGUCGGCAGAGCGGAUGUACGUCCAGACGGCCACGCUGACCGUCUGCCUCAGCCUCAGCGCCUCCGUCUCUCUGGGCAUGCUCUACAUGCCGAAGGUCUACGUCAUCAUCUUCCACCCCGAGCAGAACGUCCCCAAACGGAAGCGCAGCUUCAAGGCCAUCGUCACCGCUGCCACCAUGACCAGCAAGCUGUCGCACCUGGCGGCCGAGCGGCCCAACGGCGAGGUGAAGACGGAGCUGUGCGAGGGCGUGGAGGCCAGCGUGCCGCCAACGAAAACCACCUACGUCAGCUACACCAACCACGCCAUGUGAAGAAACCCCGCCAAGGCGUCCGGGGGACAUUCAAAGGAUGUCGCCCCGAGGUGCUGCGAACAAUCUGAAGGAUCCGAGCCAACCGACGCCGCUUUCAUGUCUACGGGCAGAAGGGAAGAACGAAGUUACACAGCCGAAAAAAUCCACGAGUCCGCGAGAAAGCAGGAGAACGAGAACCUGAAGGGUGCAACGAACUAAAAAAAUCCAUUACGUCCAGAUAAGAUAAACGAAAAAUAUCAUUUUGGGCACCAACCUUAUUUGUUGUUGUUCUAAUUGUGCGUUUAAAAAACAGAAAAAGUGAGAAAAAAAACUCGUGGUCGUGAAAAUCUCUCUGAAUCUUGUGUGAUGUCGUCCGUCCGCCGACCUGCAUCACGAGGCGCUACCGGACGCUAGCUGUUGGUGUGAAAUGGAUUUCAUGGUUGGAUUGAAGCAUGCCCGUCUUUUGAUACAAAUGAUCUAUUUAUAAUAAAGGAAUGUUUCUCAAGUCGC